AUGGAAUAUGAGGAAUUGAGUAAUUUGAUCAAAAAAUUCAAGGGCAACCCACAAGUGUUGAAAGCAUUUGAAAAUAUUUAUGUACAAAACAACUGUAAUUUUUAUAGUAAAAUAAAAAUUGAUGAUAUUGAAAAAGGAGAAAUUUUAAAUGAAAAAAAGAAAGAAACUGAAAUUGUGAAUGAUUUUAAAAAUUCCAAAAAAGAGGAAAUAGAAAAUGAUAAACUUAAAGACUAUGAAAAAAUUACAAAUAAAAAUUUUUAUAUGUAUACAGAACAAAUAUUAAAGAAACUGGUUAAAGAAAAUGAUGAAAUAAAUAAAACCUAUGACGAAAUAGAAAAAUGUAAUAAUGCAUAUAAUGAUAUAGAUAUAAUAUUAAAUAAAUAUAAAAAUAAUAUAAAAGACAUUUCGAAUGGUAUUAAAAAUAUAGAAAAUUUAACAAACAAUCUGGAUGAUAAAAUUCAAAAUAGAAAACAAAUUCUUGAAUUAUUAAAUGUAUAUAUUAAAAUAAUUUUGAUAACCCCACAAUUAACUAAUGAUAUAACUAAUAAUGAAAUAGAUGAUAUGUUUAUUAAAAAUAUUCAUAUUUUAAAUAAAAAAAUAGAAAAUUGUAGACAUUGUUUAUAUGAUUCAUAUCCAAGUAUUAAUGCAUCUUAUAAUGAAUUAGAAAAACUCAAAUAUAAAGCAACUAAUAAAAUAUAUAAUUUUUUUCUUUCACAAUUAAAUGAUAUAUUAAAUAAAAAAACUAGUAUAUAUAUUAUUCAGAAAAAUUUAAUUAAAUAUCAUAUACUUAAUACCUUUUUAUAUAAUAAUAAUAAAAAUGCAUAUACAUAUAUAAUUAAGAAAUACAUUACUAUUUUAAAUAAAACAUACUAUAAUUUAUUUAAAGCAUAUAUUUCCAAUUUUAUUGGCAAACAAAUCCACUUUAAUAGUGAUACAACAAUUGGAAAAUGUUCACCAUUAUAUUUCCAAGAUAAACACAAUAAUAAUUUAGGAAAUGCAAACAAUUGCUCUACGAAUUACGAUACAACGAUACAAUCAUCCUUUAGUUUUGUCGAUGCAACCCAAAUCAACAACUCGCAAAACUGUUCGAAAAAUUACGCACAAAAUGAUGGAUCCGGAAUAUUCACUUCUAGUAUUAUAGGAAUUGGUGAAGUAGGGAGUUCAAGUAUUGUUUUUGCAAAAAAUAAAAUGAUGGAUAUGUUUGGAUUUAGUUUCAAAAAUAAGAAUAUAAGCGAUAAAAGUGAAAAUUUUUUUUUACUAAAUAAUAGGCAUAAUGUAUUAGAUGAUAUAAAAAAUGUAUUUUUUAAAAAUUUAAACAAUGAUAAACAAAAAGGAAGUAAUGAACAUAACUCAAUAUCAACGAUUUCUAUAUCUAAUAAUACAAUCUAUUAUUUUGAGCACAUUUAUAAAUUAAUAAAUAAAUUAUUUAUAGAUACAGGAACAAGCGAAUAUAUAUUUAUUUUAAAUUUUUUUAAAAAUUAUGAAAAUAUAGAUUUUUUAUUUUUAGAAAUAUAUUCUAAAACUAUAUCACUAUGUUUUAAUUAUUUUAUUAACUUUAUAAAUACAACAUUUGAUUUUAUUUCUCUUUUUAUUAUUUAUAUAAUUAAUAUAUAUAAUGCUUAUAUAAUAAAGAAUAGACAUAUUUUAUCAUUAUAUGAAUUUGUUGAAAAAAUACAAAAUAUUGUUUGGAACAAAAUACAUUAUAUUAUAAAUGAAAAUUAUAAAUCUAUUAUUAUUACUAUUAAUCCUGACAACCUAGAAUUUACUAAAUUAGAUCAAAAUCAAAUUCAAAAUAAAAAAACAGUAUAUGAUUUAUUAUAUCGGACCCAAGUUACUACAUCAUUCCCAAUAAAUAAUAUUGAAAACAAGUUUGUACAAAUAUAUGAUGAAAAAAAAGUUAGAAAUCCUAAAAAUGAAUUAGGUGAAAUAAAAACAGAAACCAAUAUUAAUGAACAUAACCAAGUUUAUAUCACUCCCCAAUAUAAUACUGAACUAAAAACCAAUAACAUAUAUAAUAAUGAAGAAAUCAAUGAUAUAACCCCAAAAAAAUCAACAAAUCUGUCUAACCCUUUACUGCCAACUCAUAUUAAACCUGAUGUGCAUUCUAUUACAAAAUCCUUUUCUGAUUUUUAUUCAUCUUUAAUUAUUUUAAAUAAACUUGCAUAUGACUAUGAGUUCAUGUUUCGAAAGAAAUGCUCAGAAGGGAAACAAACAAAUGAAAAUGGGCCAAAAAAUGGAUCAAAAAAUGGCUCAGAAAAUGGUUCAGAAAAUGGGUUAGAAAAAGAGUGCCAAAACAGAAAACCGAAUAGCGAAGCGUUGUUUAAUGCAAAAGGAAAAAGCUAUAUUAAAUAUAUAGAAGAAGAAAUACAUAAUGAACUAAUAAAUAAAUAUGUACAUUUAAAUAAUUUUAUUUCAAAUUUUGAAAAUAUGAUCAUAAACGUUUUAUUAAAUUUAUCAAAUAAUUUCCAAAAUACAAAUGAUCAAUUAUUAUUUCUAAUAAACAAUUAUUAUCACAUUAUAACCAUUUUAAAAAAUAACAAAAUCAAUGAAGACAAAAUAAAUCCUUUUGAGAAACUUAUCGAAAAGAAUAUAUCCUAUUAUAUCGAUUUACAAUUAAAUAAAUAUAUUAAGGAUAUAAUUUUUUUUGUUUCUAAGCAUGAACAUAUUUUUGAAAAUAUUGAAGAACAAAAUAUAAAUGAUAUAACCAGUAAUAGCAUAAAUAAUUAUUCUAACAACAAUGUUAAUAUAUUAUCACAAAUAGAUAUUCAAUUAAUGGAAAGUACUGCUUUGUUUUUUACUAAUAAAUGGAAAGAAUUGCUUAAAACUGUAGAGCAAGAAAUUUUAAAAUCUUUUUCAAAUCGUGUUAAUUCUAUAAAUAUAUUAAAAACCCUUAAUACAAAAAUACUUUUACAUUUUACACGAUAUCAACAGCUAAUUAAACAAAUUUUCAAAAAUUCAGAAAUGCCAUUAUCUGUCCCAAAUUUGCCAUCUAUUGAUAUAAUUCUUACUCAAAUAAAAAAAAAUUUGAAACAUUUAGAUAACGAAGGGGAAUAUAUAUAA